AUGGGAGUCGCAGUUCUUCACCCUCAGGACUUCCUCAAAGAUCCUUUCUCAAGAAACGCCUUCGACCCUCACAUGAAAUAUCCCCGUAACCCUAAUUCUUGCCCCAACAAGCCAAAAAAAUCGCUCCCAAACAACCGCCGCCGCCGGAGUCCGACGCGUCCUCAGGUGAGAAUCCUCAAGCGUGGCGAGGAAAUCGCUGCAACGGUAACGGAUCCGGUGGCUGUAGAUUCAGAUCUGGAAUCUUCUCGCCGGAUCGGGAUAGAUUCGGAGAUGAUGCCGACGCAGAUCCGUCUCUCCGAUAUGCCUGCGUCUUUCUACGCUGGUUCUGUCACGUUGACCUCUCCGCCUCCUAGCGAUGUCCCGCUCCCGGCGUUCUUCACGAAGAAAAGUGUCUCGAUGUUCAAAGCCGAUGACGUCACCAACGAUCUGAUCAGGAUCCUCCGUCUUGAGAUCUGA